GGGAUCCCGGUAACAUCGGGUGCCUCCAGCAUCGUCACACCAGCAGAGAACAAGGAGGAAGAGAUGGCGACCUCAAAUAACUUUUGCGCAGUUCAUUUGGCGUUUCUUCUUGUAUUUGUGUCGAUUCUGGGUUUUGUCCCCGUUGAAGCUUCUGCUGAUUCGACGAAAACGGUGGAGUUUAAUGUCAAACCGGGAGGAGUGGUUCACACUUUCACCGAAGGGAUUAAGGAGUAUGAAUGUUCAUUCACUUAUGCUUCACAAGGGGGAACCAAUGAGCAAUGGUUGAUGAGCGUGGGUCUGAGUGAUGACGACACGCUGUUUUCCUGUUCUGUGUGGAGGCCCCAGGGGAAGUCAUACCUGUUUUUCACUCAGUUCAAAGCAGAACUGAAGGGAGUCAAAAUUGAAUAUGCCAAUGCAUUCUCGCAGACAGCGACGGCGGGACAGAGUGACGUGCCUUUGAAGGCGGAGGAAUUUACUGUAGGAGACUCAACAGUGACCCACACAGACGGAAAGUUCAGAGCUCAACUGUCCAAACUGACCGCCAUUGGACGGACGCGACACGAUGAGCUGUAAUUGGUCAGAAAUCUGACCUGACUUUGGUCGUGUUUCGACCAAUCAGAGCACCUUGGCAAGCUCCGAGUCGGACCUCUGUGUUUCAGCUCGGUAGUCAGAGGAAUUGGUUCCUCCUGAGUAACAACCAAAAUAUUGAAGUGGGAUCAUACUGACAUUGCCUUUGCAGCAAUUUGUGUGACAUUAAUUACCUGGUAUGUUUUUACAAUGGAUUUAUCUGCUUCUUGGGACAGGAAAUACAAUACAGCACGAUAACAGUUAUUCAUAUUUUUUUACUACAUAAUUCUGACACAAGAGAAAGGCUUCCUAUAGUUGUUUCUGGGGCUAUAAGAUUUACAGAGAGUAAAUCUGUUCUGAUCCACUGGGGAUGUAUGUGAAUGUAUAGAGGAUUGGUGGCUGGGGGCAUGUAGAGUAUAGAUAACACAUUUAGAGUAGGGAGGGUUUUAUCCAUCUUGCGUAAUCCUGAAAGGAAAGUGAAUAAUCCCCAAUAGCAUCAUCGCGCGCACACACACAAACAAUUACAUUUUCCUUAAUCUCAUUCUGUUCCAGAAAACUAUAAGCAAACAUUUUAUACUCAAAAUCACCAAUUAGUACCUCUUGUGAUAACUUUUUGCUACGUUUUGUGUUUUUGGCCAGAAGGGAUACUUGCUCUAGAGGAGAGAGCAGCUUCAUAACAUGAUAUAAAGACAUAGAUUGAAGAUCACUCCUCAACAGUGUCAAUGUGAAUUCAUUGCAGAAACCCCAAGUUUAGAAAAUGUAACUAAGUAAAGGCAUAAAUUACUUAUUUUCCAUGGCAUUAGUCUUCACCAUUUUAAUUUUUAGACUCUUGCAGCAAGUGUUGCAGCAGAAAAUACAACUCUUUUCCAAUUUCAGGAUAUUUGUAUGACUUCACAAUUACAUUGUUUGAGGUUUAACCCAAAAAUACCAAAAUAUAACAUAUUUGGAUGAUAGUACACGUGGUGAAAAGACGAAGACAUAUUCCCGAGCCCGUCUUGAACCUUUUGCUUUCAUCCUUCAGUUCCACAUGACUGGAUCGGCAGGGAUAUUGUGCAGGUUUCAGAGGUACAUCCUCACAAGUACGGAUCCCCCUCCUCUCCCUCCCUGCACCUCGUGUAGGAUUGCCUUUAUCUUUCUUACAUUGAUCCAACCCUCUUACAUCCACAGUCUGAAUUGAUUUCAGAUUUGAGGAUUUUGCUGAUUGGAUUCUGAAGUCAGAUUACUCACUGACAUUCGUACCUUCGGUUUGGAUACUCUCACCUGUCCAGAAGUGACCCUCUGGAGUGUAGGAAAUGCUCAGUUUGUGUGUCAUCGUCAGGGCUCCAUUCGGGGUCACAACAGGAAAUAACCACGUCCAGAUGCUGACCCGGAAUCGAGAAAAACACACAAGAUGUUACUUAUUUUCUACAUGUUUGCUUUUUCUAUUUCUUGAUUGUUGUGAUUCAUGAUGAAAUGUGAUGGAUGUUUCAAUAAAGACAUGUUGUCACUGUUCUGGA